AGAAAUGUAGGCUGUGUGAAAAUCCUAAUCAUGAAACAAAUCAUUUCCAAACUUAUUUUGCUUUUUGAAUAUUAUAUAUAAAUACACACUAUAAACUCUAAAACCUACCAUUUGCCUCCUAUGAGGGCUACAUCUGAGCAUUUAUACAAUAGGGUGAAUAUAUUAUGUAUGCACGUACAGUUCAGCUCCAGACUCGUGUUCAAGACACAGCACGCUCACGGCUAUUUCCCUUCCUGCAGAAGAAGAAGCAGUCAAACCCACACGAGCCUGAAACUGACACUUCAUUAGCCAAUGAUUGUGGUAGCGGAUGAAAACAACAGCCAAUAGUAGAAUGGCCCGACAAGAGGGCGGGGCUCAGAUUUACCUGAGAUGCAGAAAACCGGCUGCUGAUGAGCCGCAGAUAUUAAAAUCAGAUCACUGAGCAAACACAGGUGUUGUAGGCGCUUGGCAGAACAGCUGUUUUGUACUGUGAGUAAACUGUGGAAGUGAAAGAGGACAAUCUUUGCGUUUCCCACAGAGCACGACGCCUAAGAUGGCUGCCGAGUGCCCCCUGAGAUCUGAGGUGACGGAGCUUCACAGGAGGGUCAAUCAGGUGACAGAUGAGUCCCUGGAAGUCACCAGAAACAUGAAGCUUCUGCUAGAGGAGAGUAAAGAUGCAGGGAUCAGGACACUGGUCAUGCUAGACGAACAAGGAGAGCAACUGGAGCGGAUCGAAGAGGGACUGGACCAGAUAAAUCAGGAUAUGAGAGAAGCUGAGAAAAAUCUCACAGACCUUGGCAAAUGUUGUGGCCUGUGCUCAUGUGAUAAGCUGAAGAACCUUGAAGCGAGUGAAGCCUAUAAGAAGGUCUGGGGUAAUAAUCAGGAUGGUGUGGUAUCUAGUCAGCCUUCAUCACGCAUUGUGGAUGAGCGAGAGAAAAUGACCAUGAGUGGUGGAUACAUCAGAAGAGUGACAAAUGAUGCACGGGAGGAUGAGAUGGAGGAGAACCUGGCCCAUGUGGGCAGCAUCCUCGGCAACUUGAGAAGCAUGGCACUUGACAUGGGCAACGAAAUUGAUACGCAGAAUGUGCAGAUUGAGCGCAUACAGUCUAAGGCUAUUGCCAAUGUUUCUCGCAUCAGUGAGGCCAAUCAGAGGGCUACCAAACUAAUAGCGAGGUAAACCCAGAUGAGCGAUUAUCAUUUGUUACGAUUCUUUGUUGUGUAUUCAUAUUCAUCUGUCACAGUUUUCCAAGUGGAUGAAACUACUAAUGUCAUUUUAUAUUAAUUUAGUUUUUAUCAUAUUAACUGUCUAAAAACCCAGUGGCUAUUUCACAUAUCAUAGCUAUAUUUCAUUAACAGCAACAUGCCAACAGCUAUCAGUGUCUUUACUAAAAGGUACCAGUUCAGUUUUGUCAGUGCUUUUCUGUGACUCUUUAAUAAUGAAAACGAUUAAAAGGAAAAAAUGUUGCAUUGUAGUGUGCUUUUCCAAAAUGCUUUGUGAGGAAUUUCCUAUUUCAAGGAAAGAUGAGAAAAGAUAAAUUGAAAUGCUGACUACUGUGUGUUUUUUAUGUUGUGUUUUUACAGCAUUUUUUUAUAUAAUAAAUAUCCUAAAUAAUUGUGAAUGACAGCAAAUAUAUUGGUAAAGAAUUAUGUGCAAAGACUAAAUUUCUACAUGAACUCCAUGAAAAUGUGAACAGUUAAAAUAGCCAGACUAAUUACUCAUCUUUAAACAUAGGAAAGUACAGACUCUAAAUAAGACCUGGUUUGUUAAAAACAUUGUAAAGCUAAGUAAUAGAGAGAGUGCUUGUUUUAUGAUGAUGAUCUCAUUCAUUGUGAUGCAACGCUUCAUGUGAAACUCUAUCUAUAUUUGUCAUGAAUAGCUGUUUAAACAUUCUACUUUGGACUUUCCUGUUUUGCUCACUGAUGAUUAAUCACUGAUCCAUGAC